UCAACGCACAGUCACACUCUCUCUCCUUCACUCUCCUUCACUCCCUCCCCUCCCCACUUUCUCUCUCCUCCCGACGGAGCUUUCUCUCUCUACGCCUCCCUCCCUCCGGGCCUCCUCCGGAGGGGGUCGCGGAGCUCCAACCACGGCAGCGUGACUUGGUCUUUACACUUGGCUUUUCAAAUUUCAUAUUGAGCAUUUGCAGAAUGCUCAUUCGUCAUUGCUCGUGAUACAAGGAUAGUGGGUGCAAUGAGGAGCCAUUUAAUUUGAUGACACGUAUUCCCACAGGGAUGAAUGCAAAUAUGAACAAAGAAAAUGCAGUCAGAACAAAAAACGAAGCACCCACUACCCGAAUUACCCGAUCAAGGGCUAAAGCAUUGGGCAUGUCAACGGGGAUGCUCUCAUCCUCAAGGCCCUCUUUUAAACAGGAACAAAAACAUGCUGUCCGUGCAAAUGCCAAUAGAUCAGCAUCAGAUGAGAAAAAAGGAACUAAGGUUGGAAAUGCGGGCAAGCAGCGCAAAAAGAGAGCAGUACUCAAAGAUGUCACCAACAUCUUUUGUGAGAAUUCAUACUUGAACUGUGUCAAUGCUACCAAAGCUCAGACCAGCAAGCAGGGUAGAAAGCGGUCUCUGAAGAAGGACACAGAUGUGCAUCAAAGUGGAGCUGUCCAAAUAAUUCAGGAGGAUGUCAAAGCGGAAUUUGUAGAAGAGUUGUCCAAAAUAAAAGUGGCAGAUUCUAUAGAAAUCACUAUCCCAGACAAAUGGGCAAAACGAGACAAUUCAGAGCAUAGUAUCUCUGUAUGGGAUGCGGUAGCAGAGUCUUCAAGAAAGCCACGAGAUGAAUGUCUUAGAACUUAUGAUGAAGAAUAUAGAAAUGGUGAGAAGUCAGCAGCCCAAGUUCAUCCAAGUAUCGUAGAUAUAGAUUCAAAACGCGCGGAUCCUCAAGCUUGCACCCCAUAUGCACUGGAUAUAUACAACUAUAAACGCAUAACAGAGCUUGAACGAAGACCUUCAACUAUAUAUAUGGAAACCCUGCAGGAAGAUAUCACUCCAAACAUGCGUGGAAUUCUAAUUGACUGGCUUGUUGAGGUUUCUGAAGAAUAUAAACUAGUUCCCGAUACUCUUUACCUCACUGUGAAUCUUAUAGACCGGUUUCUCUCACAAAACUUUGUUGAGAAGCAAAGACUCCAAUUGCUUGGUGUUACUUGCAUGCUAAUUGCCUCGAAGUACGAGGAAAUUUGUCCACCAAGAGUGGAAGAGUUUUGCUUUAUCACGGACAAUACCUAUACAAGACCAGAGGUAUUGAAAAUGGAGAGUCAAGUUCUAAAUCUUCUGCAUUUUCAGUUGUCUGUUCCCACCAUAAAAACAUUUCUAAGGAGAUUUGUUCAAGCUGCCCAAGUAUCGAGUGAGGUCCCUUCCAUUGAACUAGAAUAUUUGUCAAAUUAUUUGGCGGAGGUAACGCUUGUUGAGUAUAGCUUCUUAAAGUUUCUGCCUUCCCUUACGGCUGCAUCUGCUGUACUUCUUGCCAGAUGGACACUCAAUCAAGCUGACAACCCUUGGAAUCUAACUUUAGAGCACUACACCAAUUACAAGGCAUCAGAGUUAAAAACUGCGGUUCUUGCAUUGGAAGGUUUGCAGCUCAACACCUGUGGUUCCACCCUAAAUGCUAUACGUGAAAAGUAUAGACAACAAAAGUUCAAACACGUGGCGACUUUAACUCCCUCCGAACCUGCGCUUUCACUCUUCCAAAGAUUUAACUACGACUGAUCUUCCUGAAGGGCUAACUUGAGAAUAAUCAGAUGGAGUGACUUCCCACAUUGCGGCACUUCAAGGGUGAAUUUGAGCUCCACUAAUCGGAUGUCUACUCACAUUUUUUUGUCAAACUGCGUUUUUGUUGUCCAUAUUCAUGUUCUCGUUGUUGUAGCAUUUAUUUAUGGUCUGGUGCUUCCAGACCAGUCCAUUCAUGACAAGGAACUCUCGGAUCAUGACCCAUGCGAGGCGGCAAACCAUACGCCUCUCGGCAAAAUAAGCCUGGGAAUUUUCCUUGGUCUCUAGGAGCUCUUACAGUAACCCUAUUUCUUUUGCUUGCUCGAGUGUCAAGCUUUUAGAUGUACCGUUUAGUAAAACAGUACUUCUCCAAAAGAAGAUUUGGAGAUCAUUCUCUUUGUACUCCAAUGAAUUUAACAGAAUCAUACUGGAAUUUGUCUGUUACUUCUUCAGUA